AGCUGAUUCCGUCGCCAUUUUUGUUGUGAACGUAAACACCAGCAGAGUGGCCUGAUUUGUCACGUUGACGCUGGGCGACGGCGACUAUUACUGAAGAUGUGAGGGAAUCCCGUGACCUGAGCGCAGUAACAGCGGGAUGGGGGUUUGAACCGGGCACGGAGGGCAAAAGAGUGGGCCUUGGUGUCCGGCCGUCAGCUCGUUUGACAUGGACCGAGACUAUGAGAGGCGUCUUUUGAGGCAAAUCAACUUCCAGAACCUGCCCGCCGAGGCCCGGUUGACCAGGUGUGGAAGUGUUAACUGCAGCCCCAUCAGCGUGAAGUCAGGGGACCGCUUUAUCCCUACUCGUGCUGGAAGCAACUGGAGCAUCAACUUCCACUACGCCAACGAAAACUGUCGUUCCCCCAGCCAGAACCGGAAAGCAAAAGAUGCCAGUUCGGAUUCGGGCAAAGAUACCGUGGCAUACGCUGCUUUAUUGAGGAAUGAGUUGCUGGGUGCGGGAAUCGAGUCCAUGUCAGAUGUUCACUCUGACGAAAGGCGUCAGGCCGUCUGCUCUCACGGUCUAUUUCGGUUCACUGUCCACACUAAGAGAGUGCCUUUCGAUAGCGAUAACGAAGUUUCACCCUACUCUCUUUCUCCGCUUACUAACAAGAGUCACAAGCUGCUACGUUCGCUUUGUAAACCGGCCCGCAAGAUCUCCAAGAUCCCCUUCAAGGUGCUGGACGCCCCGGAACUGCAGGACGACUUCUACCUCAACCUGGUCGACUGGUCGGCGGGAAACUUACUCAGUGUUGGCUUGGGAGCCUGCGUCUACCUGUGGAGUGCCUGCACCAGCCAGGUUACACGGUUGUGCGAUCUUUCGGUGGAUGGCGAUUCCGUGACUUCAGUUUGCUGGAACGAGAGGGGGAGUUUGGUUGCUGUUGGGACCCACAAAGGUUACGUUCAGAUUUGGGAUGCAGCAGGUGGGCGAAAGCUGAGCACUUUAGAGGGUCACUCAGCUCGUGUAGGUGCCCUGGCGUGGAAUGGCGAACAGCUGUCAUCAGGAAGUCGCGACAGAGUGAUUCUGCAACGAGACAUCAGAACGCCCCCAUCUGCUGAGAAGAGGUUGCAGGGGCACAGGCAGGAAGUGUGCGGUCUCAAGUGGUCCCCUGACCAUCAGCACCUCGCCUCCGGUGGCAACGACAACAAGUUGUUAGUAUGGAACAGCUCUAGCCUGCUUCCGGUACAGCAGUACAGCGACCAUGUGGCGGCGGUCAAGGCCAUCGCCUGGUCGCCACACCAGCACGGGUUGCUGGCCUCCGGGGGCGGCACGGCUGACCGCUGUCUGCGCUUCUGGAACACGCUGACGGGUCAGGCUCUACAGAGCACCGACACCGGCUCACAGGUGUGCAACCUGGCAUGGUCCAAGCAUGCCAACGAACUGGUGAGCACUCAUGGCUACUCUCAGAACCAAAUCUUGGUAUGGAAGUACCCGUCGCUAGCGCAGGUGGCCAAGCUGACCGGCCACUCUUACAGAGUACUCUACCUGGCUGUUUCCCCUGACGGCGAGGCCAUCGUCACGGGCGCGGGGGACGAGACUCUUCGCUUUUGGAACAUCUUCACAAAAACACGUUGCACCAAGGAAUCAAAGUCUGUGCUGAAUCUUUUUACACGGAUCCGAUAGACGAGCACUUCCCACAAGAUGGAAGACCUGCAGCACUUCACUUCCACAAGAGUUGUUUACUUUUAGUUUGUCUUACGACGAUGUGCAAUCGAAACCCCAGUUUCAACCCUGCCCCAUCAGUGAUGUCUUGCCUUUCAACACAAAAAAUGUUGGUUUCUUCCUCAUUUUGUUGGUGUUAUACUUUUAGAAUACAUUAGCAGAAAUAUAUUAUGUUACAUUUGUAAAAGAAAUGGGAGAACACAUCUGAUUUCAUGUCUUUGUUGGAGUUAUAUCUUGACAAGGUGGGAAGAUUAUGUCACAGAAAACAAAUACUGUACACAAAUGAAAAUAUUUGAGAAAUGAUGCCAUUUCACUUUUUAUUCUUGGAACAAUAUUGUCAUUAAUUCACAUUUAAUGUUUGUGGUGGGCUUCAAAAGCCACCAAUUGACUGCCAUUGAUAGCGAUAGAUAUCCAAUCAGUUUGAACUGUGAGGAUCGUUGCCAGACUCUCCCGGUUCAAAUAGAUUGGACGUGUAUCAUCGUCCAUGGCAGCCAAUGAAUUCCAGGUUGUCUUAUCACAAUUUGGGAGGAAAUAUGAGCUAGUAAUGGCUGUGUCCGGACC